AUGGCGCGCCUCUCGAGGAGUAGCGUCGGCGCGUCCAAGUCUUUCACUUGGACCACCGUCUUUUACCUUCUGUUGGUUCUGAUUGCGCCCAUGGCCCUGUUCGGUACCGGUGCCCAGGCCGAGAACGAGACUGAGACUGAAGAAUAUGGCAAUGUUAUUGGUAUUGAUUUGGGAACCACCUACUCCUGUGUCGGUGUGAUGCAACAGGGCAAGGUUGAGAUUAUCGCCAACGACCAGGGUAACCGUAUCACUCCUUCCUACGUCGCUUUCACCGAUGAGGAACGUCUCGUUGGUGACGCCGCCAAGAACCAGUACGCUGCCAACCCUGUCCGCACCGUCUUCGACGUCAAGCGAUUGAUUGGUCGCAAGUUCGAGGAAAAGGACACUCAAAAGGACAUCAAGCACUUCCCCUUCAAGGUUGUGAACAAGGAUGGCAAGCCUAAUGUCAAGGUUGAGGUCAACAAGACUCCCAAGGUCUUCACCCCUGAGGAGAUCUCCGCCAUGAUUCUCGGCAAGAUGAAGGAGACUGCUGAGAGCUAUCUCGGCAAGACUGUCACUCACGCCGUUGUUACCGUCCCCGCCUACUUCAAUGAUGCUCAGCGUCAGGCCACCAAGGAUGCUGGUACUAUUGCCGGCCUUACCAUCCUCCGUGUCGUCAACGAGCCCACCGCCGCCGCUAUCGCCUAUGGUCUUGAUAAGGUCGGUGAUGAGCGCCAGAUUAUUGUCUACGAUCUGGGUGGUGGUACUUUCGAUGUCUCUCUUCUGUCUAUCGACAACGGUGUCUUUGAGGUUCUCAGCACCGCUGGUGACACCCACCUUGGUGGUGAGGACUUUGACCAGCGUGUCAUUGACCACUUCGUCAAGCUCUACAACAAGAAGAACAAUGUUGAUGUCACCAAGGACCUGAAGUCCAUGGGUAAGCUCAAGCGUGAGGUCGAGAAGGCCAAGCGUACUCUGUCUUCCCAGAUGUCCACUCGCAUUGAAAUCGAGUCUUUCCACAACGGCGAGGACUUUUCCGAGACCCUGACCCGCGCCAAGUUCGAAGAACUGAACAACGAUCUGUUCAAGAAGACCCUUAAGCCUGUUGAGCAGGUUCUUAAGGAUGCCAAGGUCAAGAAGGCUGAUGUCGACGACAUUGUUCUUGUUGGUGGUUCUACCCGUAUCCCCAAGGUCCAGAGCCUCAUCGAGGAGUACUUCGGUGGUAAGAAGGCCAGCAAGGGUAUCAACCCCGACGAGGCCGUUGCCUUUGGUGCCGCCGUUCAGGGCGGUGUCCUUUCCGGCGACGAGAGCCUGGUUGACGUUGUUCUCAUGGAUGUCAACCCCCUGACUUUGGGUAUUGAGACCACUGGCGGUGUUAUGACCAAGCUUAUUCCCCGCAACACUGUUAUCCCCACCCGCAAGUCGCAAAUCUUCUCUACUGCGGCCGACAACCAGCCCACCGUGUUGAUCCAGGUCUUCGAGGGUGAGCGGUCUAUGACCAAGGACAACAACCAGCUCGGCAAGUUCGAGCUGAACGGUAUCCCCCCCCGCUCCUCCGCCAGUGACAAGGGCACCGGCAAGGCCGAGUCCAUCACCAUCACCAACGAGAAGGGCCGUCUCACUCCUGAGGACAUUGAGCGCAUGGUCCAGGAAGCCGAGGAGUUUGCCGAGGAGGACAAGGCCAUGAAGGGCAAGAUUGAGGCCCGUAACGGUCUCGAGAACUACGCCUUCAGCCUGAAGAACCAGGUCGCCGACGAGGAGGGUCUUGGUGGCCAGAUCGACGAGGACGACAAGCAGACCAUCCUGGACGCUGUCAAGGAGGCCAUCGACUGGCUCGAGGACAACGGUCCUACCGCCACCGCCGAGGACUUCGAGGAGCAGAAGGAGCAGCUCUCUGGUGUUGCUUACCCCAUCACCAGCAAGCUGUAUGGCUCUGGAGCUCCUCCCGAGGAUGAUGAGCCCCUGGACCACGACGAACUGUAA